UAGAAAUAAACUAUACCCCUUGUCUUCAGUGUGGAACAUAUAUUUAGUACUUAAGUCACGCUGGUCUAGUCUUGUUCAACAGGUAGUAUAUCUGCUUAGUUAAGUGCUCUCUUUUCUUUGAAUUUGAAUUUUUUUUGUAACUAAAUUUACGCACUUCGUUUUACAAAUAUGUUGGUGCAACAACUAAGAAAAGUUUUGACAAACAACAAUAUCUACAGUCAACAUUCAAUCAAGCUCAUUGCUUGCUACUCCACCAAUGUGAAGAGAACUAAAAUUUUUGAAAGUGCUACUGCUGCUGUUGCCGAUAUACCCGAUGGAUCGAAAAUCUUAUUCGGUGGAUUUGGUGUUUGUGGCAUACCAGAAAAAUUGAUUGACGCUUUGAAGACCAAGGGUGUGAAGGAUAUAACUGCAGUUUCCAAUAAUGGAGGCGUUGAAGAUUGGGGCAUCGGUUUACUUAUCCAACAAAAACAAAUCAGCAAAAUGAUAGCUUCCUACGUGGGUGAAAAUAAAGAGCUCGUCCGACAAUAUUUAGCUGGUGAAUUGGCCAUUGAAUUGACACCACAAGGAACAAUCGCUGAAAAAAUUAGAGCUGGAGGCGCAGGAAUACCGGCAUUUUUCACGCCCACCGGUUAUGGUACGCUCAUACAAAAGGGUGGCGCGCCAAUAAAGUAUGGCAAUAAUGGCAAAGUCGAUAUUGUAAGCAGACCGAAACCAGUACAAACAUUCAAUGGAAAAGAUUACGUCUUGGAGGAAUCCAUUUUCGCUGAUUAUGCCAUUAUUAAAGCACAUAAGGCUGAUCCUUAUGGAAAUUUAGUUUUCAAUAAAUCUGCACGGAAUUUUAAUGCGCCAAUGAGCCGCGCUGCGAAAACUACUAUUGUUGAGGUUGAAGACAUUGUACCCGUUGGCGCGCUGACGCCAAGUGAAAUACACAUUCCUGGUAUUUAUGUAGAUCGCAUUAUUAAGGGUGAAAACUAUAAGAAACGUGUGGAGCGUCUACGUUUGCGUGAAAGCGAUGAAAAUAAAUCCAAAUCCAGUCCUGGACAAGAGUUGCGUGAACGCAUUGCAAAGCGUGUAGCUUUGGAAUUCCGUGAUGGCAUGUAUGUUAAUUUGGGUAUCGGAAUGCCAGUACUAUCCUCAAAUUACAUACCUAAAGGUAUGAAUGUUAUGCUGCAAUCUGAAAAUGGUAUACUGGGUUUGGGUCCUUUCCCAACAAAGGAACAAGUCGAUCCGGAUCUAAUUAAUGCCGGCAAGGAGAGUGUAACCGUAGUGCCUGGUGCAUCGUAUUUCGGUUCCGAUGAAAGUUUUGCCAUGAUUCGUGGUGGUCAUGUGGAUAUAACUAUACUUGGCGCUAUGGAGGUAUCGGCAACAGGUGAUUUGGCCAAUUGGAUGAUACCGGGUAAGCUGGUUAAGGGUAUGGGUGGCGCUAUGGAUUUGGUAGCCGCUCCUGGAACCAAAGUUAUCAUCACGAUGGAACACAAUGCCAAGGAUGGCUCACCAAAAAUUUUGGAUAAAUGUACAUUGCCUUUAACUGGGCAAGGUAUCGUUGAUUUGAUUAUUUCCGAAAAAGCUGUCUUUGCUGUAGAAAAAGGGGUUGGUCUAACACUCUUAGAAAUUGCCGAAGGUUUAUCAGUGGAAGAUUUGAGAUUAUGCACAGGCGCGCAAUUCGAAGUUUCGUCAAAACUUAAAAAGAUGGCACAAAUCGGUGAAAAUUAAGUACUUUCUGCUUUAUCGUUAUCGUUAAAUAAUUAGUUAGCGUUUGUUUCGAAAAAAAUAGUUAAAAAACUUUCUAAAAGCUGAUUUAAGUAACUGUAAGGUUUUUUAUCAAAAUAAGUGAACUUAAUAGUGAUAAAUGUGCAUUUAUUAUAUUUUAUGUGGUUUUUUACAAGAUGUUAAAUAAAAAUAUAUUAUUUUUUUACGACUGUUUAUACGUGAAAGAAAUUUAAGGUAACAAAACAUAAAAUAUAUAUUUAUAAUAUAUACAUAUGUAAAUAUGCAGCUAAAGAACAAACCAUAACUUAACUCUAGAAACAUAACUAAAAAAUAUAGGUAUUUAAACUCAUUACGAUUCUGAUGUCCUUAUUGCUAUUACUACCGAAAAGAUGCGAAGAUUCUGUUUUGUAAUUACGACUUCAGAGUGAUAGGAUAUAAAUUAUAUAAUAAUAAUUUGUAAAUUGUAACCUUUGGUUGGAAACUAACGAUGAUUACUUAGUUUUAUCAGUUUAAAGCGUAUUUGAAGCGUGAUCCAAGUCAUCAAUUCGGUAAAUUAAAAAAAAAAA